ACUUACAUCUUCCUUCACGAACAACAUGGAUGAUUGACAGUUUCGUACAACCAAAAUACGUGCGACUAUCGAAACUAACGUUUAAUACUGGUCGAUUUUCAAAGACAACCUCGAGGCCACCGAACGACCGCGGAUCGAGAUGCAGUUAUCGUUCGUCGCUGAAAGUAGCUAGCCGAGAGAGAGAGAGAGUCUUCAGUGACUGAAACGCAAAGGACGAUGUUAUCGAGAGGAUUGUUGGCACUGAUGGCGAUCGCGUGGCUGCAGCCAUCGUUCGGGGACCACGUGUCGAACGACACCGGCCACGAGCAGGAGAACGAGGUGUUCAGCUACGACCUCGAACCCCAUCCCCACGAGUCACCCGACAAGCCCUCGAAACUCGACACGAACCUCAACCAGAUGAUCCAAACGGACGACAAGCUGCAGUAUCAGAUCGAGGCGUCGCAACUGGAGAACGCGACGUCAUCCCCUGAAGAUUGCCAGUCGUGCGUCCAACAGGAACUAUCCGACCUGUUGGACAGGUUGUCGGGAAUCGAGGAUUACAACGUCACCGACAGCGUGCAGAUCGUUCGGAACCGGGACGUCGCCAGGACGGACGAAAAAGGUAACGUCCAUCCGGACGCGGGCCUAAUCGAUAAGGUUCACCGGUACGCCAGAGAGCACGUAAUAAAGAUACGUCUGAGCCAGGACUUAGUUUCCGGUAGAAAAGCUAGAACCUUCUUCAACGCGUUUGGCCUGAAGAAGCUGCUGUUACCUCUCAUUUUUGGUGUACAGAUCAUUAAGAGCGUUCUCAUUGCGCUUUUCUUGCCGAGUAUCAUUGGCAGUAUCGGUAAUAUCGUUGGCAAAGGCGUGACAUCAUUCGCCCAGUCAGCGCAUACAACAGCACAACCAGAAGAGAACUUCGAGUUCAAGGACAAUUCCGAUCUGUACAACGACGAUUACCUAACACGACAGCCAGUAGGAACGCUUCCGGCAUCGGCCAUGUACGAUGAGAGUAUGAUGCAGCCACAGAAGAGCCCAGAAAUAGCGUCACGAUAUUCUUUCGUUGAUCCUAGGAUCACUCACGCGAACGCUAUUUCAGAUAGAUAUUACACCAGACAUGUUGCUGCGCAUGGACUCUCCAAAAAGCAAGACUUCAAGGUCUUUCACGAGAUUCCAACGAGUUCCCUGUUGCUGACGAACUACGACCCCUUCUACUCUCCGCUGUUAUCCCGCCUGGACGCCGUGUUCUCCCGUCUGGGUCACACAACCGAGGGUUGCAGAGAGUACGCGGUGUGCGCGAUGUACCGAAGUCCCGCCCGCUUCGCGCCAUACUCGAACCUGGUCUCGGCGCAGUUAUCGAGAGAGUUGAACGAACUGAGGAGACCCAGCAGUGACAAUCCCGACGUCCUCAGGUUCUUCCGUUACAUGAAGGCCGCCAAAGAUGGCCAGGAUGGAGUGAAGUGCGAGGAUGCGUACUCGAAGUGUGCGAUCGCGCAGGAGGAUCAGACUCUGAGACAGAACCAGGCGAUGUUGGCCACGUACCAGGAUAUUGAUAAACUGGUACACGCGAGAAAGUUGUAGAGUAUUGGAACUUUCGACUGAAAGUCUGAAAAUGUUGAGGAAUCAUUGUGUCUUUCUAGUGGUUUCUUUUGAUGCGAAGGAAAGACGGUUUCUUUUGGGGUUCGAGGACUUUGAGCUGCUUUCUUCAGUUUGCAUCUUUUGAGGAGUUUAUUAGGAGAUAGUUGGGAAAAGGAGGUGUCAAGUUGGUUUUAGGAGAUGGGUAAAGGAGGAUACUACUGACCAGGCAUUGAAGUCUCCAGCUGGUUGGAAAUCUCCUGUUGGUUUAUUUUAACACUUUGAUGGCUCUUGCGGCUUUUUAAUAUACCUGUGCAGUUUUUUAUUGGGAGAUUGCUUAAUUUAUUGUUCUGCAGUUUGUCAUAUAGUAACUCAGUUAUUAGAGUGAACUCUGGUGAAUUUUAUAUUUGUCUUCAAUUCUGGGAAAAUGUAGAGAGGCAAGGUAUAUUUGCUUUUAUAAAGUACAAACUAUACUUGUUUCUAUAAAGUACAAACUAUACUUGCUUCUAUAAAGUACAAGCUAUACUUGCUUCUACAAAGUACAAGCUAUACUUGCUUCUAUAAGGUACAAAUUAUACUUGCUUCUAUAAGGUACAAGCUAUACCUGAUCAAAACAGCGUCAGUAAGGUUAGGUCUACCAAUUGAGAGUAGCUUAUUUAAAAUUUAUACUACACGUCACACAAUCUUCCAUUAUAU